CUCCCAUGUGAAGAGUAAAGGGGCGCAAUCUCGAACAUAACAUUCCUGCCGGUGCACUGUAAAGUGGAUAUACUACAGAUUGAAGCAGGCAGGCAUCACCAGUCAUUAGUACAUACAUACCAGCCGGAACAUACCCCUCACGCAUAUGCCACCGACAUCAACAACAUCAGCAGCAGCAGCAAAUAAGCCCAACCAUACACCCUCCCACAUUAUACAUACACACAAUGCAUGACCCAACAUCCGACGAAAGCCCAUCCUCCUGGGCAGAGCUAAUGGCACUCCGUCGCCUCCCCAACCCACCCAGCAGCAGUACCACGGAGCCCACCGAACGAUUCGAAUCCAUAGCGCCACCCUAUCCCCCAGGCGAAGGAACCCGUGCUUUUGGCGGACAUGUCUACGCCCAAGCUGCCUACGCAGCAUCCCAAACCGUAGAGAAGGGGUUCGUGAUCCACAGCGUAAGCGGAACAUUCAUCCUAGGAGGCCUCCUAGAUGUUCCAUACGAGUACACAGUGCGCCACCUGCGCGACGGGAAGAUGUACUGCACGCGGUCCGUGGACGUGCGACAAGCGAACCAGAUCUGUUUCUCGUGCUUAUGUUCCUUCAAGCGAGGGGAAGGUCAGAGCGGGUUUUCGCAUCAGCCUGCGCCUGUGCAGGAGCGGUAUGCGUCUGUUAUCGCUGGAAAGAAAGCGGAGGAGUACCCCGUCAGUCCGAGCGUGGAUGCAGAUUGGUGGAUUGAAGGGGUGAAGGCUGGCGAUUUGACAGAAAGGGAGUUUCCUGGAGUGGAUGUGCGGAAGGUUGAUAUGGGGACGUUCAAUCAAACGGAGGAUGUGAAGAGCCAUCCGGAGAAGUAUCGCCAGUUGGCGAUGUAUUCGAUCAAGGGGCUUCCGAUACUUGGUGAGGAAGAAAGGAGGGUGAGGGAGAGGGAGGAAGCGGGGGAGUUCGAUAAUCUGUAUGCAUGCGCGCAUAUGUAUGCUUGCGAUAGGAAUUCGUUGUUGUUGAUUCCAAGGGCGUUGGGGGAGACGAGGUGGUCGUCUAUGGCGAGUUUGACGCUUACGGUUGUGUUUCAUGAGUUGGGAGAGGCGUUGCGGAUGCUUGAUUGGGGUUCUGGGGGGAAUAGGGCCCCGGGAAAGAAGUGGUUUAUACAGGAAGGGUGGACUCCUAGGUCUGCGGAGAAUCGGGCGGUUCAUGAGAGUUGGUUGUGGACGUCGGAUGGGAAGUUGUUGGCUACGAGUUAUCAGGAUAGUUUGUUGCGGUUGACGAGUUCGCGGGGGAAGCUUUGAUCUGGGUGGAGGUAUAGACUGUUGUUUAGAUCUUUGGGGGCAUUGUACAGGUGUUACGUGGAUACAAUGAAGUAUAUAGUCGUUUGCAGUUAUCUAUAAUUUUAGACUGGCC